GAACGACCAUCAUGAGGGGUGUUUUCCUGAUUGCAAGCUGUCUGCUGGCUUCGCUGGUGGUUGUCAGCCAUGCAGCGACUCUCAGACAGCGCCAUAUGUUGCUGGUAGCAAACGCGGGCUGCAGCGGUGCGGGAGAGCCGUUCCCCAACCCUGAUGACUGCGGCAGCUUCCUGCAGUGCGAGGCGUCGGGCGUCGCAGCGGUCAAGCAGUGCCCCGCCGACCUGCACUUCAACGCGAAGCUCAAAGUGUGCGACUACCCGUGGUCCGCCAACUGCAAGGAGGCGGACAGCUCGUCUUCGGACAGUUCUUCUCAAGAAGACGACGAUUCCUCAUCUGAAGAGGCAGACAAGGCCGUUGCUAAAGUCAGUAAGAAACUAGAGUCAGGUGCACCAGCAAAGAAACCAAAGGCCAUUUCUCUUCAUGCCUAAGAUUGCAUUACAUUUCUCCAUGCGCCACGUCUGACAAAGGUCAGAAUGAUUCACGUACGUUCAACUAGUUCACCUUUAUUGUUUAGUAGUAAAAAUUCAUGAAAACAGUUCUGUGACAAAUGCAUC